UAUCGUCAAUUCGUCGUUGUCGCUCUCUUUUUCUUUUUCUUUUUUAAAUUAAAUUAAAUUAAAUUAAACAGACAGAUGGCAGCGGCACUUUUAUCGCCAAUUUUGGAGCAGUUAACGAGGAUUGUUGCUCAAGAGGUACAAGAAGAGGUGAACCUAGUAGUGGGUGUGAAGAAACAAGUCGUCAAGCUGAAAAGCAAUCUCCUUGCUAUUCACUCUGUCCUUGAAGAUGCAGAUAGAAAACAAGUGAAGGAUGAGGCAGUGAGAGAUUGGGUAGACAAGCUCAAAGAUGUAUGUUAUGAUAUGGAUGACGUGCUAGAUGAAUGGAGCUCUGCAAUUCUUAGAUGGAAAAUGGGGGAUGCUGAAGAAAAUACUCACAGCCAACAGAAGAUACGGUGUUCCUUCCUGGGAUCUCCUUGCUUUUGUUUCAAUCAAGUGGUUCGACGUCGAGACAUUGCCCUCAAGAUCAAAGAAGUAUGUGAAAAGCUGGACGAGAUUGCCAAAGAGAAAGCUAUGUAUGGCUUUGAGUUGUACAGAGCCACAGAUGAACUCCAACGAAUAACAAGUACUUCCCUUGUUGAUGAAUCAAUCGUAAGUGGUCGAGAUGAUGAAAGGGAAGCUGUAGUAAGCAAGUUGCUGGGUGAAAGUAGUCAGGAAGCAGGGGACGUGUAUGCCAUCUCUCUAGUAGGGCUGGGCGGAAUUGGAAAAACAACUCUCGCCCAACUAGCUUUUAAUGAUGCUGAGGUUACGGCUCAUUUUGAGAAAAAGAUAUGGGUGUGUGUUUCAGAUCCAUUUGAUGAGGUCAGAAUAGCCAAAGCUAUCCUUGAGCAGCUUGAAGGGAGGGCACCGGAUUUGGUUGAAUUACAAUCUCUUUUGCAAAGGGUUUCUGAAUCCAUUAGGGGAAAGAGGUUCCUUCUUGUCCUUGAUGAUGUAUGGACGGAAAAUCAUAGACAAUGGGAACAACUGAAACCAUCUCUCACAGGCUGUGCACGAGGAAGCAGAAUUCUAGUGACCACUCGUAAGGACGCUGUGGCAACGAUGAUGGGAAGUACUGGCCACCGGAUCAACAUUAAGGAAUUGUCCGACGAGAUGUGCGGGUCAAUAUUCAAUCAUGUUGCAUUCCAGGAAAGAAGCAAAGAUGAGCGGGAAAGAUUGACAGAUAUCGGCGAGAAAAUUGCAAACAAGUGCAAGGGCUUGCCUCUAGCUGCCAAGGUAUUAGGAGGUCUAAUGCAGUCUAAAAGAACAAGAGGAGAGUGGGAACGUGUUUUAUCUAGCGAACUGUGGAGGCUAGAUGAGGUUGAUAGAGAUCAGGUUGAAAGACGAAUAUUUAUACCUUUGCUUUUGAGUUACUACGAUUUACCUUCUGUGGUAAGACGAUGUUUCUUGUAUUGUGCCAUGUUUCCAAAAGACUACGAGAUGGGAAAAGAUGAGUUGGUGAAGAUGUGGAUGGCUCAAGGUUACCUCAAGGAGAAUUCAGGUGGAGAUAUGGAGCUUGUAGGGGAGCAGUACUUUCAAGUCUUAGCAGCGCGCUCUUUCUUCCAAGAUUUUAAGACGUAUGGUCGAGAAGAUAUCGGAUUCAAGAUGCAUGAUAUAGUGCAUGAUUUUGCCCAAUAUAUGACAAAAAAUGAAUGUCUAACAGUGGAUGUCAAUACACUUGGAGGCGCAACAGUGGAGACUUCAAUUGAAAGGGUUCGUCAUUUAAGCAUGAUGCUGUCAAAGGAGACCUCUUUUCCGGUGUCCAUUCACAAAGCAAAAGGUCUUCGCAGCCUCUUGAUCCAUACUAGAGACCCUUCGCUUGGAGCUGCACUACCUGAUGUAUUCAAGCAGUUGACAUGCAUCAGGUCAUUGAAUUUGACAGGGUCUUCAAUCAAAGAAAUACCAAACGAGGUAGGGAAAUUGAUACAUUUGAGACACCUCAAUUUGGCAUAUUGUGGAGUGUUGGGGUCCCUGCCAGAAACUAUGUGUGAUUUAUGCAAUCUGCAAUCCCUAGACGUUACUUGGUGUUAUUCUCUCAAGGAAUUGCCCAAGGCUAUUGGAAAACUUAUCAAAUUGAGGCAUCUCCGAAUUGAUGAUUCAGAUGUGGCCUUCAUACCAAAGGGAAUAGAGAGGAUAACAUGUCUUCAAACAUUAGAUGUAUUUACUGUGUGUGGUGGUGGUGAGAAUGAUAGUAAAGCAGCUAAUCUAAGAGAAUUAAAAAACUUAAAUCACAUUGGAGGGAGUCUUGUUAUACGGAAUCUAGGAGGAGGUAAAGAAGAUGCGAGUGACGCUGCAGAAGCACAACUCAAGAAUAAGAAGCGCCUGCUUCGUUUGCGAUUGGUUUUUGACUACAACCAGGAGAGCGGCAUUUUAAUUGAAGCUUUAAGGCCUCCGUCAGACUUGGAAGAUCUAACCAUAGAUGGGUACGGAGGGUUGGAUUUGCCAAAUUGGAUGAUGACAUUAACCAGAUUACGGGGGCUUUCACUCGUUCAUUGCAAAAACGUGGAGGUCUUGCCUCCGUUGGGAAGAUUGCCCAACCUUGAAAGCGUGGUAUUGAACUCGUUGAAGGUGAGAAGGCUGGAUGCUGGAUUUUUAGGUAUAGAAAAGGAUGAGAAUGGCAGUAUUAAUGAAGGAGAAAUUGCAAGGGUCACUGCUUUCCCCAAAUUAAAAGAACUUCGCAUUUGUAAUCUCAAAGAAGUAGAAGAGUGGGAAGGAAUUGAAAGGAGAGUGGGAGAAGAAGAUGCCAACACAACUUCAAAAAUAUCCAUUAUGCCACAACUUCGAGAGUUGAGAAUUCAUAAAUGCCCGUUGUUGAGAGCACUACCAGACUAUGAUUUGGCAGCGCCAUUACAGGAGCUUGAACUCGAUGAUUGUACAAACUUGGAGGUCUUGCCUCCGUUCGGAACAUUGCCCAACCUUGAAGGCCUGGCAUUCGGCACGUUGAAGGUGAGAAGGCUGGAUGCUGGAUUUUUUGGUAUAGAAAAAGAUGAGAAGGCCAGUAGUAAUGAAGGAGAAAUUGCAAGGGUCACUGCUUUCCCCAAAUUGAAAAGAUUUGGGAUUACGUUUCUCGACGAAGUAGAAGAGUGGGAUGGGAUUGAAAGGAGAGUGGGAGAAGAAGAUGCCAACACCACUUCAAUAAUAUCCAUUAUGCCACAACUUCGAGUGUCGAUGAUUGCUAAUUGCCCGUUGUUGAGAGCACUACCAGACUAUGUUUUGGCAGCGCCUCUACAGGAAUUGAUCAUAGAAGGGUGCCCAAUUCUAAGGAAACGUUACGGGAAGGAGGAGAUGG